AUGUUUUGCGGCAUCCUUGAUGCGGUCGAGGAUUGCUUCAAAACAGUUGUGGCGGUUGCCUGUUGCCUAAUCCUCGGUGGUCCGGUCCUUAUCAUCGUCGGCACCUUGUUCCUCCGCCAAGAGGACGGGAAAAAGUCACUAACCGCGGCUCUGAAGGAGUUUGACCCCGCGCCUCUCAAUGCGUGGACUGGGACGAUUAACGAUGUGCCGAUUACUUUGAUACGCAGGCCGAUAGACGUCGAGGGCGUGCCCAGGGCCACGUCUAUCUUUGCGGAGGCCGUCAUUCCAGUUACAAAUCCCGCUUCAGAAAAGUUGUCCGUUUCCGUGAAGGUCGACACUGUCACCCCUUUCACCCGAGACGCCUUGUUACGGUAUUCCAAAAGGACGACUCACCAGUGCUCUACAGCAAAGUGUAAGGCCGGGCAACAUUGCCAGUGCGAACAUAAUGCUCGUGCGUUCCAGGACAAAUGUGCCGCUAUGAGAGGGACCUUUGAUGGUUUUCCCAGGUGGUGUACAGUGGGCCGUCUAUGUGGCGAGUGCACGCUGACCGUCUAUUUGACCCAAUUGUACCUUGUUGCCCGCGAGAUCAGCAAGGGAGAGUACACUGAAGACACUUCCUUCCGAAGUGCCAACUACAAUUUCGAUGAUAGGGCCAACGUCUAUGAACCCACCAUGCCAAGCAGCAUUACAGUGCGCCUCUACAGCGACAAGGACCCCUACAUCGCCGUGCAGCGUGCGACAAAAGGAACUGGCAAGCUUGGCGCAAAUCCGCAUACUGUUGGUAUUAUAAUGAUUGUUCUUGGGGUCUUAUUUUUACUACUUGAAAUUGGUGUUUGCACGGCGCUCAUUUGCUACUUUACACGGCGAAAGGAUACGACAUCAGACGCAUUGCCUCAUGCAAUGCAAGGGGAGGAUGGGAGUAACUACGAUACACCUGUUUCGUCACCACCACCGCCGCCGCCACAGCCACAGCCACAGGGCUAUGGGUAUGGCCAACCUCCGCCGCCACAGCCACAGCCAC